CGGUGGGGGGCAGACGGAUAGGGCAGACGGUACGAGCUGGAAGCCAUGUUGGUUGUUCCUCCUUCUGCCACUUCGGAGUUCGGUACGUUCAGGGUCUGAACGUUCAAGAACUCCGUCUGCAUGUCUUUAUUAUCAACAAUAUCGCCACUAAAUAUUCUCUACCACCCUCCGAAUGCAGAUUAACAGGUAUGCCAAAGGAAAAAUAUGAUUCCCCGGAUCCUCGCCGAUUAUACACCAUCAUGUCAGCUGAGGAGGCAGCCAACGGGAAGAAGUCGCACUGGGCCGAGCUGGAGAUAUCAGGUCGGGUCAGAAGUCUGAGCAGUUCUCUGUGGACUCUCACCCACCUGACGGCUCUACACAUCAACGACAACAACCUGAGUCGCAUCCCGCCCGACAUCGCCAAGCUGCCACACCUGGCCUACCUGAACCUGUCGUCCAACAAGCUCCGCAGCUUGCCCGCCGAACUCGGAAACAUGGUGUCUCUCAGGGAGUUGCUUUUAAACAACAAUCUUUUGCGAGUUCUACCUUACGAACUCGGGCGGCUGUUCCAGUUACAACCCUGGGGCUAAAAGGGUAACCCUUUGUCCCAAGACAUCCUCAACCUGUACCAGGAAUCAGACGGAACCAGAAAGCUCUUGAACUACAUGCUUGACAAUCUAGCAGUGCACCCAGAACAGCUCCCCCAGAGACCUUGGAUCACCUUGAAGGAGCGGGACCCAAUGAUCCCUACAGCCAUGUUCACAGUGAUGUGUUACAACGUGCUGUGUGAUAAGUACGCCACUCGUCAGCUGUACGGCUACUGUCCCUCCUGGGCCCUCAACUGGGAGUACAGGAAGAAGGGCAUCAUGGAGGAGAUCACACACUGUGACGCUGACAUCAUCAGUCUACAGGAGGUGGAGACGGAGCAGUACCACGCCCUCUUCCUGGAGACUCUAAAGGACCAUGGGUACGAGGGGUACUUCUGCCCAAAGUCUCGUGCCAAACUGGUCUCAGAACAGGAGAGGAAGCACGUGGACGGAUGUGCUGUGUUCUUCAAGACUGAGAAAUUUACUCUGGUGCAGAAACACACGGUGGAGUUCAACCAGGUUGCCAUGGCAAACUCUGAGGGUUCAGAGGUCAUGUUGAACAGGGUCAUGACCAAGGACAACAUCGGGGUCGCUGUCCUACUGGAGGUCAACAAGGACAUGUUCUCUGGUGGCAUGAAGCCUCUGCAGGAGACACAGUUCCUUCUGGUGGCUAACGCCCACAUGCACUGGGACCCAGAGUUCUGUGACGUCAAGCUGAUUCAGACCAUGAUGUUCCUGUCUGAGCUGAAGAGCAUCACCGAGAGGGCGCUGAGCUCCGUGGCAACAGGCUCCCCGACCUCCGACCCCUCCUCCAUCCCUAUCGUCCUCUGUGCUGACCUCAACUCCCUGCCAGACUCUGGUGUAGUGGAGUACCUGAGUAACGGUGGCGUAGCAGAGAACCAUAAGGACUUCAGAGAGCUGCGCUACAACGAGGCUCUCAGCAACUUCAGCUGCCAGGGAAAGAACGGACCUUCUGACGGCAGCAUCACUCACAGCUUCCAGCUGAAGAGCGCCUACCAGGGCAGCCUCAUGUCUUAUACCAACUAUACGUAUGACUUUAAGGGCGUGAUCGACUACAUCUUCUUCUCCAAGACUCACAUGUCUGUAGCCGGCUUGCUCGGUCCCCUGGAGUCUCAGUGGUUAACGGACAACAACAUCACCGGCUGUCCCCACCCCCACAUCCCCUCUGACCACUUCUCUCUGCUCGCCCAGCUGGAGCUCCACCCGCCCGUCACCACCUCCCUCAACGGCCUGCACCUGCCCGUCCACAGGUAGUGGGGCACCAACCUCUCACCCAUGAUCCUUGACCUUUGAACCCCUAAUGCCCUGCCCCAUCUCUGCCGAACAAACAAACCCAGACAGGCCAUCCCCCCCCGAUGGAGUAUUCACCCCUUCUGCUCCUCUUUUAACCUCCAUUUUGCACACUGACUGGAUUUCUGUUUGUUUUGUUUGUUGUCUUUCUUUGUCUACAUGAACGGCUUGAUACCAAAUUAGGGUUGGGAUUUGUGUUUUGUGUUGUUUUCUGGUCACAUUACAUACCGCUGCCCUUCUCCUUGGAUGCAAAAGUGCGUCCGAAAUAGCACCCUAUUCCCUAUAUAGUGCACUACUUUUGACCAGGGCCCUAUGUGGGACUUGGUCUAAAGUAGUGCACGAUAUGGGGAAUAGGGUUGCAUUUGGGAUGAAGGUCAUCCUGAUCUGGUGUCAGUGUUUUUUUUUGCCUUAAACCUGGUUUGGAUGGGGGUGACUUUUUGUCACAUACAAUGACAACCGACUCGAUUUUGAGGUACCCAAUCCUCAAGACAACUACUUAACAUAUUUUACAAAUAUGACAUCCAAAGUUCUACUGAAUUGUAUUUUAUGAUCAUGUUAAGUCCUAUCAUUUCAUCAUAAAUGUUACCCCAAACACGUAUUUUCUUCUUCUCCUAAAUCACAAAGGAUGGGGUGUGGGACUUUUCAGUAUAGCUCGAUUUGGUGUAACGUAUGGUAAGAGGACAGAUGUGGUUUUCAUCACGUCAGGAUAUCAGUCGAAGAUUAAAUGUAGAUUUCAAUAUGGAAAUCAAAAUGUGAAAUGUGGCUUCUAUGGAGACCUAUAGGAACGAUCGUUGAACAGGAUCCCAGCCCUACUAACUCAAUCCCAGCAUCCCUGUCACCUCACGUUGCUAUUUAUGUUGACACUACGCACUGAUUUCCGCUCGUACGUUUGAGUUGCUUGCGAGUGGUGUGUUCCCCUGAUCCAAACUAAAAUGAAGUUAUGGAUUGCAGUCAUUUUAGAUAUGUCUUUGACCAAUUUAUCUUGUUAAUCAUUAUGAUUUGGUCUUUAGCUUUUAAACUGCAGUGCAUUUAACACCUUUAAAGUCAUAAGUCUUAAGCUCAACUUCCCCGAGGCUCGUAGCCCAACUUCCCCGAGGCUCGUAGCCCAACUUCCCCGAGGCUCGUAGCCCAACUUCCCCGAGGCUCGUAGCCAAGAGUCUUCAUCAAUCCAUCAAUGUUUGAUUGAUAGAUUCAUUGAAGAAUCCUCCCAAAACCAAUCACAUUUGCUUGCCAUGUGUUGCGUUAUCUAUGUAUUAAGAGGCAUGAGAAAGGAUUGGUGUGUUUCCAAGCCAGAUGUCAUUAAGGAAGUGGUCAUGUCCUAUCAUUGAUUAAUGCUGAGUUGAAUGUAUUUCUAAUCAAAACGCUCACAACAACCGCAGUGGUUUUUAGCUCAAUUCUACAUAGCAAUAGCUUCCAAACCAUUGGAAAUGUGUGUGUUAGGUAAAAAUAAUAGUUUACGUCCCAAGUGACACCCUAUUCCCUAUAUAGUGCACUACUUUAGACCAGAGCCCUAUAUAGUGCACUACUUUAGACCAGAGCCCUAUAUAGUGCACUACUUUAGACCAGAACCCUAUGCCCAAUAUAGUGCACUACUUUAGACCAGAGCCCUAUUCCCUACAUAGUGCACUACUUUAGACCAGAGCCCUUUUCCCUAUAUAGUGCAGUGCUGUUGACCUGGGUCAAAUGGUUCUGGUCAACAGUAGAGCAUCAUGUCUGUGAUUACACAGGCAGCUCAACUCUGAUCUUUUUUUCCACUAAUUGGUAUUUUGACCAAUCACAUCAGACAUUUCACAUUACAUAUUUUUUUUAGAGCUGGUCUGAUUUUUUGUCAAAAGACCAAUUAGUGCAAAAAAUAAUAUCAGCAUUGGGCUGCCUGUGUAAACACAGCCUGGGUGUAGGGUAUGGGGAGCAAUUUGGGACAUAAGCCAAACUCAAUGUGAUGCCCGGCUUACUGCAGUGGAACCCAGGGGUGUACUGUGCAUUAAAAAAAUACCUCUUCUGUUCAUGACCAAGACUAGACUCAAGACUCUUAAGAAGCUGUUGUUUUGUGAAGGCUUUCAUAUCCCUAGGUCCGUACCAAUGACUUUAGAUAUGUUACACAAACACUGAUGUUCAGUACAGGCUAUAGGCUAUAUAGCUGACACAGGGUUGUCUGACAGAGUUUGGGGGUAGCACACUGCAAUAGGUUUUUACUGAGUAAUACCAUUUUUACCAUGUCAUUUCUUAAGAAGUACCUGGUCAUUUCUAUCUAAAGUGAUACAGAACUGAGGGGUUGUAGAAGUGAUCAAACCUAGCGUUUGUUCCCAAAGGUAUUUGAAUGAUAGAAGCCAUAUAUUUAUGGGGAUUUAAAAGGUUGAAAGAUGUUGUUAACUUUCUCAAAACUCCGUUUUUUCCCAGAAAUCCUUGUUAGAACAUUCCCCUGAAUCAAGAGAGGAAUAAGAAGGAAAUUCAUGAACCCUCCAACCAAAACCAAAAUGGAUUUUGGAAAAAGUUAGCAGACUAUUUGCAACCCUAACGGGGAUACAAUAACACCAUGGCAACACUGUACUGUGUGUGCAGGUUGAAGCUGAGUGGACAUAACGUCACGUUAUAACAUGUCUGGACAACAUUUGGCUCUGCUUUAUUUGCACGUGAUUAUCUAACACGCUAUGCCUCCAAUUUCAAUGACUUCUGUGAAACCAGCCUGCCUGAGAGAGUGAGAAUGGACGUGUGGGGGUGGGGUGGGGGGGAUUUCUGGGCCCAUACUUCACUCCCCCCCCCCUGAUCUUCAUUUAGUGGGGUGCGACUAUUUUUAUGGCAGUUUUAUAUUCAACCAGAUAUUAACGUCUUUGGUGACCGUCUGAUCAACACAACUGCUUUACAUCUGUUGGGGGUAAUGUACUGCUUUACAUCCGUUGGGGGGUAAUGUACUGCUUUACAUCUGUUUGGGGUAAUGUACUGCUUUACAUCUGUUUGGGGUAAUGUACUGCUUUAUAUCCGUUGGGGGGUAAUGUACUGCUUUACAUCCGUCGGGGGGUAAUGUCUGCUUUACAUCCGUCGGAGGAUCAUGUACUGCUUUACAUCCGUCGGAGGAUCAUGUACUGCUUUACAUCUGUCGGGGGUAAUGUACUGCUUUACAUCCGUCGGGGGUAAUGUACUGCUUUACAUCCGUCGGGGGUAAUGUACUGCUUUACAUCCGUCGGGGGUAAUGUACUGCUUUACAUCCGUUGGGGGGUAAUGUACUGCUUUACAUCCGUUGGGGGGUAAUGUACCGCUUUACAUCCGUUGGGGGUAAUGUACCGCUUUACAUCCGUUGGGGGUAAUGUACCGCUUUACAUCCGUUGGGGGUAAUGUACCGCUUUACAUCCGUCGGGGGUAAUGUACUGCUUUACAUCCGUUGGGGGGUAAUGUACUGCUUUACAUCCGUUGGGGGGUAAUGUACCGCUUUACAUCCGUUGGGGGUAAUGUACCGCUUUACAUCCGUUGGGGGUAAUGUACCGCUUUACAUCCGUUGGGGGUAAUGUACCGCUUUACAUCCGUCGGGGGGUAAUGUACCGCUUUACAUCCGUCGGGGGGUAAUGUACCGCUUUACAUCCGUCGGGGGGUAAUGUACUGCUUUACAUCCGUCGGGGGGUAAUGUACUGCUUUACAUCCGUCGGGGGGUAAUGUACUGCUUUACAUCCGUCGGGGGGUAAUGUACCGCUUUACAUCCGCCGGUGGGUAAUGUACCGCUUUACAUCCGUCGGAGGAUAAUGUACUGCUUUACAUCCGUUGGGGGGUAAUGUACUGCUUUACAUCCGUUGGGGGGUAAUGUACUGCUUUACAUCCGUUGGGGGGUAAUGUACUGCUUUACAUCCGUUGGGGGUAAUGCACUGCUUUACAUCCGUUGGGGGGGUAAUGCACUGCUUUACAUCCGUUGGGGGGGGGGUAAUGCACUGCUUUUCAUCCGUCGGGGGGGUAAUGUACUGCUUUACAUCCGUCGGGGGCUAAUGUACUGCUUUACAUCCGUCGGGGGGUAAUGUACUGCUUUCCUAGCCUGGUCUCAGAUACACUAUGAAUAUAUACAAAAGUAUGUGGAACCUUUCAAAUCCGUGGAGUCGGCUAUUUCAGCCACACGUAUUGCUGACAGUUAUAUAAAAUCGAGCACACAGCCAUGCAAUCUCCAUAGACAAUCAUUGGCAGUAGAAUGGCCUUACUGAAGUUUUCCCCGGUCAACUGAAAGUGCUGUUAUGUGAAGUGGACACGUCUAGGAACAACAACGGCUCAGCCGUGACAUGAUAGGUCACACAAGCUCACAGAACGGGACCCCCGAGUGCUGAGGCACGGACUCUGGCGCAAUGGAAAAGCGUUCUCUAGAGUGAUGAGUCAUGCUAUACCAUCUGGCAGUUCGACGGACAAAUCUGUGUUUGGCUGGUGCCCGGGGGGACGCUGCCUGCCCCGAUGCAUGGUGCCGACUGUAAAGUUUGGUGGAGGAGGAAUAAUGGUAUUGGGCUGUUUUUCAUGGUUCGGGCUAGGACCCUUAGUUCCAGUGAAAUCUACAUUUUAACGCUACAGCACACAAUGACGUUCUAGACGAUUCUGUGCAUCCGAUUUUGUGGCAACAGUUUGGGUAAGGGCCCUUUGCUGUUUUCAGCAGCGUACAAAUCUAGAUCCAUACAGAAAUGUUUUGUUGUGAUCGGUGUGGGAGAACUUGACUUGCCUUCACAGAGCCCAGACCUCAACCGCAUUGAACAGCUUUGGGAUGAAUCUGAACGCCGACUGCGAGCCAGGCCUAAUCAGCCCAACAUCACUGAUGCUCUUGUGGCUGAAUAGAAGCAAGUCCCAGCAGCAAUGUUCCAACAUUUAGUGGAAAGCCUUCCCAGACAAGUGCAGGCUGUUAUAGCAGCAAAGCGGGGACCAACUCCAUAUUAAUUCCCAUGAUUUUUGUAUUGAGAUAUUGGACUAGUGGUGUCCACAUACCUUUGGUCAUGUAGUGGACGUUUGUUCUGUCUUGCCAACUCUUAUGGUCAUUUGUUUUUGCGACAAAGCAAACUGAUCUGGGGCCAGGCUACAAUUUUCUUACUAGAAGGGUUAUUUCGAAUUUUGACACAAGUCCAAAGUUUGUCAAUCUUAUGUGUAUGCCCAGUCAGUGUGCCACCAUUUUGUGUGUGAAAUACGCCCAGCUCAACACAGUACAGACAGAAGUAUAUGUACCAAUGCUUCAAUUCGAAGCUUGUUUUUAAACUAUGGGCAUUUUUGUCUGUGAUCUAAAUGCAGUCUAUAAAUUGGUACUUUGUGUGAAAACAGUAAUUACAAGUUUUUGAAAAAGAAAUUUGUCCUUAAUGGGUUUUAUUAAGACUGAAAUGAUCAAAUGAUGGUCGACUCUUUCUAAAUCCAUUUUUUUCUUUUUUUGUCCCUUUUUCAGCUGAUGAUCUCCUAGUCUUCCCUAGGACUUUUUAUGUUUGAACAAGGUCUCCCACUCCCAAACACUGUAAUUACCUCCCCAAUUUCAGCUGUACCCCCCCCUCCAGCCCCCUUCCCCUGCACCCCUCCACAUAUCUAAUUUAAUAUCACAGCCUUUUUUUUUCUCUCAUGAACACAUCCACUCUUACUUUACAUUUGUAUCAAAGUUAGAUUUGUAGAGCACACCUGCAUUUUCUUCCAACAAAAACAACGUGCCUCGUUUGUACAGUAUACAAUCUCUCCAACAGCAGCACUGCCUAGGAAAAUACGUUUUUUUUGCGUUUACACAGGCAGACCAAAUCUGAUCUUUUGACCAAUCAGAUCAGAAUUUUUUUUGUUGCCAAUAAUUGGUCAAAAGAUCAGAAUGGGCUGCCUGUUUUUAAACCCAGCCUGAGUAGCUCAGACUAACCAUGCGCCAACAUCUAUCCAUCCGUUCCUCCAUCCCUCCAUUCAUCCCUCUCUCCAUCCAUCCCUUCAUCAUCCAUUCUGUUGCCAUGUUUUCAAUUAUUGAAUUGGAAUUUCAGUUAACUUUGAUGUGAAUUGCAUCUAUUUGCAGUGUUUUUCUCAAACUGAAGCUAUUUAUUUGAAAAGUUUAUUUUUAAUGUAGGAAUUAUUUUUCCUGAUUUGAGAUGUUUUUUUGACAGGUGGUGCAGGAUUAUGUUGCCUGAUUUAGCUAUGCAUCUGCUUAUAAUUUCCAACAUGUUGGUAGGCUAUUUGUUAGUCAACUAUAAUUAGAUACUUGCUCACCAUAAUAAUGUCAUCGACAAUAGAAUGAAUGCUUCAGUGUAGUUGACAUCAGUAAACUUUUCUCUGUCAUCUCUGCUUCUUUCGCGGAGCAAAGACGUUCAGGGACCGGGGAUAAAAUGCAAUAACUGGAGAUUUAAACAAUUAAACGGGAAACGGAUUCUGUGCAGAAUUUCCAAAUUACGUCAAUUUGACCGGUUGAAAGGAAAUGGAAAUCUGUGAAAACAAACCAACAUGUUUCUGAUAAGAUUUUCGUUCUGCUUGGGUGCAUAUUUGAUGUGGUUGAAAUACUAUCUGUUUUUGUGACGCUGAUAAAGAUGGCCGCUCUACAGAUGGUAUCUAAAUGAGCAUUCUGUCAAGAUGCUGAAAUAAAUCAUAUUUCUCCACUCCUGUUCCAGAGUAAAAAUGUUGCAUACAUUUGGUUGAUAAUUUUACUGCUAGAUAUGCUUUUUUUGUGUUUUCCAGGAGUUCAUAUUAAGGCCCAUGUGAGAGGUUAUAGACCUACAGUCGGUGUCCAGAUUUCAGUUUCCAUUCAACCCAUCCGAAACAGUAGGCUACAGUUCCAUUGACGUGACUGUCACAUUUUUAUAUAGGUUCUCACAAUCAUCACACAUAACUUAGCCGCCACUUCUGCUAUCAUCCUCUUUUUAACACUUUACCAAAUCUUUCCCAAACAUUACAUUUCUGGCCCUCACUUUGCUUCUUUUAUUUUUAACAUCUCUUUUUAUUUCGCAGCUCUUCUGUCAUUGAAUUAAAAACUCUGACAUUUACUCUUUUUUUCCCUCCUUGGAUCGACAUGAACUUUUUUCUGCCCAUUCCCAAAAGCAUCUGGUGAUUGGCUGUAGGCUAUUUGGCCCGCUUAGGCCUUAAAGUUUAGGCUUUAUGCACUAAUGCCAGAUAGUGACUCAGUGUAGCAUAUACAUAUAAAUUGAGCAAGAAUUUAUAUAUAGAUUUUCUUCUUUCUCAAGCCAGCCCACACCCUUCAUCCACUCAAUAUUUCAUGACCCUAAACCGCCCCCAACCCACUGAUUAUAACCGGAUGGACUGCAUGUUAUGAGUCAACCUCGUGCGUCACUAGCAGGAAACGAUCAUUGUGGCUUGUCUGCCAUAUUGAGAAUGCCCACUGGUAGCCCCUCGGAGACCAUUCUAAACCCAUAGAUGGUUUCAUGUCUACAGCGGGACCGGAGGAUCCAACACCUGCUACCCAGCUGCACACGUUCCGUUUGGCUUCUGAAUGUAGAAGUUUUUUUUUAAAUUUGAUUUCAAUUAUUUUUUUAUUUUUUUUUGUUCAUUCGGGUCAUAAUUAGGUAGACUUGGCACAGACUGACUGAAUUGCUAGAGGUUUUGUUAGCAGACAUCUUUAGAAUAGUGAACUAGACUUUGAAUAUCACUUGUUCCUUUCAGACCUAAGACACUUUUUUGGAAGAGAAAUGUUAGCAUCUAUAGUAUGUUAAUUCAGGUUUAAAGCUGAUUUGCCAUUGCAAGGUCAUCGUUUCAGUGUGAUUUUAAAUAGAAAGCACUUUUUUAAAUAUGUGUUUGUCUUAGUUUCUGACCCUUAUGCAUCUAUCCUAGCCUUCCAUCCUACAUGGUGUACCUAAAACUGAUGGAUUUCAAUGUUUUACCUACAAUCAUAAAACAUAUGACACAGAGUGUGGACAGAGGGAUUGUGGUCAAUGUGGUCUUGUUAAUACGUUCAUACUAACCAUGUGAUCAAGGACAAGGAAGUAGACUCUGUAUUGUUUGGGCAAGAAACAAGGCCUAAACUAUGACCAGGAAGUUUGAGAAUGACCUAUGCUCCCCAAAGAGAAAAGGGUUUAAGUUGAGUAAACUACAACCACCCCAGUCCCACCUCCUCCUGGGAGUGUAAUCUGUCAACCAAUCAGAGGUGGAGGUGCUAACUUUUUGUAUUACUCUGAAAACAGUGUGUUAGUUUUAUGGAUUUAUUGGGGUAAUAAUGUUCACAUCAUAAAAAUAAAAUAGUCACGCUCAUCAGCAAUUGUAUAAUUGUCCCUCUUCCUCCUCAGGCAAUAAAAUUGUCAUUUAAAAAAAUA